GCUCUCAUUUCUCUGAGACUCGAACUGCAUCGUGUUUGGAGACAUUGCGGAGAGUGAGAUCGGAAGGGAAGAUGUUUCUACGAGCGGUGGCGCGGCCGUUGAUGGCGAAGGUUAAGGCUUCGACGGGGAUCGUGGGGUUGGAGGUGGUGCCGAACGCGAGGGAGGUGCUGAUCGGACUCUACAGCAAGACGCUGAAGGAGAUCCAGAAGGUUCCAGAAGACGAGGGUUACCGCAAGGCGGUGGAGAGCUUCACGAAACACCGGCUGAGCGUGUGCAAAGAGGAGGAGGACUGGGAAGCCAUCGAGAAACGGCUUGGUUGCGGCCAGGUCGAGGAACUCAUCGAAGAGGCUCAGGAUGAGCUCAAGCUCAUUUCCUACAUGAUCGAGUGGGAUCCGUGGGGUGUUCCUGAUGACUAUGAAUGUGAGGUGAUUGAGAAUGAUGCACCUGUUCCUAAGCAUGUUCCUCUCCACCGACCACCUCCUCUCCCUACAGAAUUUCACAAGACACUAGAGGCACUUUCGUCGCAAUCAGGAAAAGAUAUCCCUGGUGCUAGCUCUACUGAAUCACCCUCCAAGACAUGAUUUCCACCCACAUUAGAUCUUUUGUUUCUCACUUUCACCAUAUUUUUCUUUUCUGUGUUGAACUAUUGCAGUUUGCAUGAACUAUAACUUGAAGCAGUUUUUUUUUGGGAGAAAACCUGGGCUUCUAAAAAACUUGAAUGGUUUGGAAUAACAAAUGUUUAUUGUUUCAACUUUUCAAGUACAUAAUAUUAUGAAUGGAAUAAUUUAGUUUACA